UAACCCCAUUCCGUCCGUUCCUUAAAUGGCUAGUUCUCAGCUUAGUGGCUAUUACUGUAUUUUUCAGUCUUUCACACCAAAAUGCAAGUAUUAAGAUUGCAAAAAUUAGCGAGGAGUCCAGAGCUGUUGAACUUGAAGUGGAAGAAUCAGGCAGCUCUGAGACUGAUGUCCUUCCGGAGGAAGUAAGUCCUGAAGAGAAGGAGGAAGUCCAGCCGCUUUUCUUCGUGAAUACCGCCCAGUGCAAGAUUCCGUAUGUGAACCCCUUUGAUUCGGAUGCUAUGGCAAUAUUCCGUAGAGAGCAUUUCGAGACCUGCUCCAACGAAACCGCCCUGGUGACCCCGAUCUAUGACGUCAGUCGGCAGAGAUAUAUGUUGUUCAUCAAUGAGACUCUAGCCUCUAUACUUUUGAACUCCAACGAGGUGGAGUACAACUGCUAUUAUCAGGAGGUAAUACGCGAAAGAUCCCAUGACAGCUAUGACAAGCUGGAGCGCAAAUACUUUUCCCAGAACUACGAGGUGCCCUUGCAUGUUCAGGGCCUGAUCUUGGCCUGUCAUCGGCUUGGCAACGAGUCGGAUAUUCUGCAGAGCGAUGCCUAUACCCUGAUUCAAAACAAGCCACUUCCCCCAGGACUCUCGAUGGAACCGUCUAAGCGAAAGCCGAGUGUCCUAAUGUUCGGAAUAGACUCCUUGUCGCGAAUUAAUUUACGUCGAACCAUGCCCAAGGUAUACAAGUUCCUAACGAACGAAGGUUGGUUUGAGCUGCAGGGAUACAAUAAGAUAGGAGACAAUACCUUUCCCAACCUGCUGGCCAUUUUGACGGGUUACGAUAAAGACUCGGCCUUGAAAAAGGUCUGCGACUGGCACGAGAAGGGGUGUUUUGACCGGACCCCCUUUAUUUGGAAGUACCUCCAGAAUGCCAGCUAUCUCACCGCCUAUGGUGAGGAUGAAAGUGGCAUAGAAACAUUCAACUACUGCAAGCCCGGUUUUUUGGAACAACCCACCGACUAUUACCUUAGGCCCUCUCAAAAGGCCUUCGAGUCUGGUAUGAAUGUCUGGAAGUGCAAUGACUGCUCGAUGAGGUACUGCAUCGGUCGACGGAUUGCUAGCAGCUACGCCUACGAUAUGGCUAGGGAGUUUGCGAGGCGUUACGUGGACGAGCGUCCCAUUUGGGGACUCUUCUGGUCGAACAGCUUCAGUCACGACAGCUUUCAGAUGCCCUCAAAAAUGGAGGACUACGUUUUGCAGUAUUUACUGGACUUCAAGGAAGAUGGUGUGUUUGAUCACAGUAUUGUGAUCUUCCUUUCGGAUCAUGGAUCGCGAUAUGGCAGGAUAAUGUCCUUGCCCAGUGGGUUCUUGGAGGAACGUCUCCCCGCGAUGUUUAUUUACUUGCCGCCCUGGUUUCGGGCUCAAUAUCCGGACUAUGUUAAGGCCCUGCAGUUGAACAAAAACCGCCUGACCUCCAACUACGAUCUGCACAACACCCUGAAGCACAUCAUCGAGCUGGGGGGAACUCCAGAUGGUCCCAAACUUCCCAAAGCUGCCGACUGCCCCAAGUGCCAGUCCGUUUUCCUUCCCGUCGAUGAGUCGAGGACUUGUGAGGAUGCUGGUAUACCGGAGCACUACUGCACCUGCGUGCCUUACAAAAGACUAAAGGUAGACUGGGCGAAGCGUAUUGCCCCCCUGGUAAUCGGUCGAAUCAACGAGUAUUUGGCCGGCAGGAAUCUCAGUGACAUUUGCUCGGAGCUAUCUUUGAGUUACAUACACGAGACAGAGAUGAAAAUCGAUCUGGAUCAGAACUUCCACGACGAUAUGCCGUUCAUAGAGGUGGCUACCUAUCGCACCAUGUUCAAGGUGAAGCAGAACUCCGCCGACUUCCGAGCCACAGUUCUUUUCAACAAUGUCACCGGAACUGUGGACGUUGAGGUGCCGACGAUCAGUCGACUCGACAGCUAUGAAAAGGUUUCAACCUGUGUAAACGACAAAACCGAUAAGAUGUACUGUAUUUGCAAAAGUGAUAUCAAAGAAUAGAAUAUACAAAGUAUCUAUUUACAAUGUAA